AUUUUAUAUAAAAUUCUUAAUCUAUUGACUAAUUACAGAAAACAUGCCUUCUCAUAAUGUUUAUCAGGAAUACAUAUUAUACAUUACUAAUAAAGAAUUUUUUAUUGAUCCCUUGGAAAAUGAUUCAGAAUUACUCAUAAUUGACAGAAUAUCAAAUGAAAUAAAUGUGAAACCAGGUACGAAGCAUCUUCCUCCUUCCUGCGAAAGAUCCCUAAAAAUCUUCGGAAUUCUCGGAACGAUUCAAUUAUUAGCAGGCAAUUAUCUUAUAGUCAUAACGUCUCGCGUAUAUAUGGGCCAAUUAAACGGGCACAUGGUGUGGAAGGCGAAUACCUUCGAGGUUAUACCCUACUGCAAAAGCUAUUUUCAUUUAACGGAACAAAAAGUACAAGACAACAAAAUAUACGUAUCCAUGUUGAAUCAUGUGUUGGCUCUUGGCUACUAUUACUACUCCACUUCCCACGACCUUUCUCAUAACGCCCAAUUUUUGCAUCAGCAUUCAUCCGUGCCUGAUUUUCAAAAUAAAUGCCUUUUUGACAGGUCGGAAUUAAGAUUCGUGUGGAACCUUUACCUGAUGCUGGAUUUCGCCAAUAAACCUCAGUUAAACAGAUACAAAUUGCCCGUAAUACGAGGCUUCGUUUCGUUAACAGAGACCACUGUCGCUUUUUCGGUGCAUUCCGUUAAAUGCAACAUUACCUUCGGGUUGAUAUCUAGGAGGAGCGCUCAUCGAGCUGGAGUCAGGUUUUAUACGAGAGGUCUCGAUGAGGAAGGGCACCCAGCCAAUUUUAUCGAAACUGAACAAAUCGUGACUGCCAAAUUGCCACCUAUUAGCGACGGAAAUGAAGACCCUGUUUCGCAUUUGAUCGAAAAUAUAGCUUCUUACAUACAGACCAGGGGAUCUGUUCCCGUAUUUUGGAGCCAAACUCCUAAUUUGAAGUACAAGCCGCAGACCGUUAUUAGUGAGAGCCAUGACCAGUUAUCCGGGUUCACCAAACAUAUGUCUCGUCAAAUCAGUCAUUACGGCAAACAAGUCAUUAUAAAUUUGCUAGACGACACCGGAUCGGAGGGAGAUUUAUCCAAAGCGUUCCGCAAAGCGGUCGAAGACGGAUCCUCACAAUUAAUCAAGUAUUUUCAAUUCGAUUUUCACCGAGAAUGUGCGCACAUGCAGUACCAUAGGCUGGAUAAGUUAAUGGAGUCCAUCGACGAGGAACAAGAUGCUAUUGGAUAUUUCGCUCACAUUCCUUCCAAAAAUAUUCUAAAACUACAAAAUGGUGUAUUCAGGACGAAUUGCGCUGAUUGCUUAGAUAGAACAAAUGUUGUUCAAAGCCUUUUGGGUAGAAGAGUUUUGGAUAAACAAUUGAAACUUUUGGGAAUCAUUGGAGAAAAUAGCGAUAUAACUCAGCACACAGAUCUCAAUACUUUGUUUCAAAAUGAAUGGACCGAAAACGCCAAUAUCUGCUCAUGGCAAUAUGCUGGCUCCGGGGCUUUAAAAACGGAUUUCACUAGAACGGGUGAAAGAACUAAGUUAGGGUUGGCACGAGAUGGUCUUAAUUCAGCCAUACGCUAUUACAAAAAUAAUUUCGUUGACGGAUUUUCUCAAGACGCCACUCACUUGUUGCUGGGAAAUUUCGUGGUAGAUAAUUCUAACGAGUUCCCUUACAUAAGCCCAUUCAAAACAACCGAUAAAGAUUGGAAAUACCUCGGUCUGCCCGUCAUAUUCAUCGUAUCCUUCACCAUGGUUAUUUUCACAUUCCUUUUACCUUCCGCAAAUUACGCCGACCAAAUGAUAUAUUACUCCUUUUGGAUCAUGAUCUGUAUGCUAUCCUUAUUCUUCAUUUAUUCCAAUGGGCUUAUAUACGUGGACAGACCAAGAUUAAAUAUACCUAAAGUCAAGAAUGAAUGAAUGAAGAACUUAAUGCGUGGAAUUAUUGCAAAUGUGACACUGAAUUUUAAAAACUAAAUUUUUUUUUAACAAUUGUACGUAAACCGAGUGCUACUUAUUAACGUUAUUAACAACAUAUUUUUUAUUUAUUACUAUACUUACUUAUUCAAGAUUUAUUCCCCCUGAUUGUACCAUUUUUUAAUAAAACUUUCUAUUCUUCUUUUCUUUAAUGAUUAAUUUUUCUGUAAAAAAUUAUAGUAAAAUUUACCUAAUUCAAAUCAAAAUGUUUUAUAACAUAUAAAGUUUUUUUUAUCACAAUUUUGAUAGAUUUUUUCAUAUAAAUUAUGGAAUAAGGUAAAUUUUUAAAAAAAUUUUCAUUUUUUUCCCAGAAAUGUUACC